UGGUGGAUAGGUUUGACAUUUGUGAUUUUUGCGGAUAAAUUCACACAGAAUGCAGCCACCUCCGAAAAAGGGUAAGUCGACGAUAAACGUCAAAAAUGUUCAUCACGAACAACUGACAAAACUUCAACAAAAACAUCACCACGAUGCGGAUCUGUUGGAAGAUGUUCGGAACUUUUCCAAACAGCGGUCACAGAUUGAGAAAGACUAUGCACAGGCACUCCUCAAGCUCGCCAACUCCUAUCUAUCCAAGAAGGACUUCUACAUGCUUCCAGACGUUCCUACGGACGAUGGGAAAGAGCACAACAUGGAGGCUUAUAUGGCAGCCUCACACUCUUUUUCAUUGAGCCGUGGCCCCAGCUCAGAUUGUGCUAGUACUGAUGGCGUCAUUGAUGAUGAUGUCGAUGUUGACACUGACGAUGUUGACGAUGACUUUGACGAUGAAUUCGAUGAUGCGGAUGACGAAAAUAAUAAGUGCCUGAGAGUCAAAGAAAAUCCUGAUCGUAAUAUUGAGAAAAAUGAGGUGGCCUGUCGCUCGUUCUCAGUGUCUCAGGAUAACCAUGAUAUGCACUGCAAAACUUCUGAAGGACAGGAUCCAAAGUUUAAAACUGCGACAUCAGUAUGGCGGACCGUUCUAGAUGUGACAGAGCGCAUCGCGCAGACACGCCUCCAGGCAGCGGAGACUUAUAUGCAACAGGUGUCAGAGCCCAUUAAAGUUCUCAAGACACAGAAACAACAAAACUCGAAAAAGAUCCUGGAGCAGUUUGCCACCAUCCAGAAGGAGAUUGACCAAUCGGUACGCGAGAUGACAAAACUUCAGAAAAUAUACAAUGAUGAGGAAAAACUGGCUCAUGAUGCAAGAAAAAAAGCUGACGAUGCAGAUGAGAAGGUGAAGCGAAGAUCCACAGGACUGUUUUCAUCACUGGCAAGUUUACAGCAAAAAAGUGCAAAGCUGAAUACAAGGAAGGACACCUGCGAAGGAAAGUCAUCAAUUUCCCGCAACGAGUACCUAUUGUCUUUGGCAGCUUGCAAUGCUCAUCUGGUCAGAUUUUACCAAACCGACAUGCCCGAACUCAUGCAGGCCCUCGAUGGUGAAAUGUUUGAGCGUCUCCAGCAGUCCCUAACAGAACUCAGCAAAACUGAACUCGAAUGUUGUGGGAUAACUCAGGAAUGUUUCAGCAAGGCUCUCUGUGAUUCCUGCUUAAUCAGCCGAGAUUACAACCUCCAGUGUUUCCUAACGCAAUACCCCGCUUUUACAGAAUUGAUGCAAUACCACUUUGAACCUUGUGAAAAUGAUGCAGUACGCAAACUCGCUUUUGAUACUAAGGGAGAUAAUUCACUUGAACAGGAGGCGAAGAAGUGGGCCACAAAAGUAGCCAAAGAGACCAAGGCCAUCAGAGAAUAUGGAAAGACCUUGAAGGUUUUGUUGACAGAUGGAGAUAAAAAGAGUGCCUCGGACAGUUCAUCCCCUGACGGUGAAAAAGAUGCGAAAGAAAAACCUGUCGACCCUGAAGUCAGGAUUGAAGAGUGUAGGGAGAAUAUUCGAAAAUCGGAAACAGCAAAAAUGAAGGCUGAGGCUAGGCUGGACUUACUCAAAGAGGCUGGAAUUGAUACUGAGGAGUGGUUGAACAAGGCCAACAUGGACACCCUGUCACCAGUGGACGUGGAUGAUGAGGUCAGCAGGACGAGUACGAGUGACCAGUUCUCUAUGAGGACAUCAAGUUCUGGUGGGCACAGUGAAGACACUAACAGCUACCACAAUGGACCAUGUUACAAUGAUGCGGAGUAUGACAUGACCGAUGAUACGUUUGAAAAGUCGGCCACCAGUGGUCAGGUUUUAACUGGUGCAAGGAGAUUUCCAUGCCAGGCAAUGGCUCUCUAUGACUUUGCUGCCACGAGCGGUGAUGAGUUAACUAUGGCCCAGAAUGAGGAGAUAUCGGUCGUUGGAAUUGGAGAUGGUGAAGGAUGGGUUAAGGGGCGAAAUGGAAACGGUCAAGAGGGUUUCAUUCCGGAAAACUACAUCAAUUAUCUAGACGACCAGACGUCAUUUUCGCCCAACCCGGACUACUCUGCCUAUGGUGCUGCUACACAACUAGUCUCCUCAACACCGCAGGCGUCAGGGACAGCUCCGGCAACCUGGGGAAACUCUGGCAGUAUAGAUCGUCAGACAAGUUAUUCCUCCCAGCAGUCGGGAUUUUCAGACAGUGCAGAACAAGUGCCAAACUCGCCACCUCAUUCUGUGAUGCAGGCUGAAGCAACAUCAUCAUACUCAUCGACUGAUUAUGAAAUACAGAAUACUAUGGGACCUCAAAGUUUCGAAGAAUCUACUUACGCAAAAGCUCUCUAUGAUUAUGAUGCAAACAUGGAAGAAGAGCUGUCAUUCCAAGAAGGUCAGGUGAUUAAAGUGACCAAUCGUGAGCCACACGGAGUGGAUGAUGGAUGGUGGGCAGGAGAAAUUGGUGGCAGGAAGGGUGUGUUUCCUUCCAUGGUUGUCGAAGAAAUGACUGUGGAAGAUCUGGCAAAUGAUGCACUCUCGCCAGUUAGACCUGGUCCACCCAGCUUUGCACCCCCUAGUGUGGCGUCUGAAGCCCCUGGUGGUCCUCCUGGACCCUCGGCUGUGAGUCCUCCACCAGUGACUGUUACACUGCCAACCCCGCCUAGAGAUGUCAGUGCUGGUACUCUCGUUGAUCUGGACCCUGUUGGUGGACCAGGCAUGACCAACGAGAAUGGCCAUCCAGCAGACGGCACUUUGGUGGAGCCACCUGGUGGGAAUGCACUUGAUAAUUUGUUGAUGAAUCAAGGUGAUGAAGCAGGGGUUUUGGAUCCACUGCCGGCUUCAGAUGCUGCACCUGGUAGUCCCAUGCCAGAUAGGAAUAAAGCCUAUGCCAUGAUGAUCAGCGGAUAUGGACAAAAUCUUCAUGUGCCUGAUGAUUUCUUUUGGCAAAGUUGGUGGGAGACAUGACAGAGUCACUGUCAACAUACACAAUGACUUAAUUGACGAGUCCAUUUUGAAACAAGGGAUGCAAGAAACCAUGACCCAUGGUCAAAUUCGAUGGAUUACCCUGGUGAUCUAAUGUAUCCAGCCAUAAACUGCUCAGGGUAUACUUAUAAAAAUUCCCAGGACUGAUGAAGGUUAUGUUGGUUGUACAUUACAUUUUGUCAUGUGCUGUUGUGUAUUUCACCACUUGAUGUAAGAGCAGUAUGGGAGGAAUGGUGAAUCUUUUUACUCUGGUGGAAAGAAUUUGGACAAAGUUUGGGGAGUGCAGCGAAGUGGCAGCUGCCAUUAUCAUUGUCGUUAAUUGUCGUUCGAGGACAUGCCCUGUAGAUGAAACUACUGCAUUUCCCAAAAAUUGUAAGACUCUGUAGAUUUUCAGUGUUUGGAACGUAGCAUUUGACCACUGUGUACAUUGCCUGUUGUCUAAUACAUAUGACCUUGUCCCUAGUUUGCAGUGUAUCACUGCCUGGUGUAUUUAGUAUUGGCUGUAUGGGAUUAAACAGGUGUAUAUUGUGACCAUGUUGUUUCUUGGUGGAAAAGUAGACAAAUCUACAUUAUUGAAUUUAAGGAGCCGCAUAGCGUUGUGUAAAAUGGUCCCAUGAUCAUGUAACAUAGAAAAUAUGUUCCAUAUAUGCAAAUUAUAUUGUUAAGCAUUGUCAGAUUAUGCAAUAAUAUAAAUAGGGUGCCUGUGACUGUGAAUUAAUUGAAUUUCGUGUUCCCUUGUUGUCAAAUCUUUGUCCUAAGCUGUUAAAAUGUAGCAGCUGAUACCAAAAUGUAAAUAUCUUGCAGAACACCUGAACAAUUUCACCUUAUACUCAGAAAACAUGAACUUCCGUAAAGUUGGCACCUCACGUAGUCUACAUAUUUUGGCGCACCAUGUUUCUAGUCCAUAUUUUACUUGCACACUGUAACAAGAAUCAGGAGGAUAGCUCAAUGAUUUAAACUUGUGAUAGCCAAAUAUAAAACUUAUUGACUUUGUCUAGGGUUUUAUUAGACAAUGUUUUGUGCAAUUUAUACUAUUUGUUAAUCAUGAAAUUUUGCAUCAGAAAAUUUUUACUUUGAAUUCGAGGGAUUAUGGCCUUUCUUAGUUACAGCUCAGAUGAUGGACAUGACAACUUGUCUGAGCGCAAGGGUACCACAAGCAGUGCACGGCAGAUCUUGAGGUGGGGCACAGCCUGCAACCGUCUGCCCCUUCUUUCUGCAGCAAAAGUAUGUUUUUACACUGUUUUUGAAUGACUUCAGUGUGGGCACCCCCAUUACUAGUUCCUUGGCAUCAAUGAUGCCUCCUCUUUUUUCAUUUCAAGUUGUAGAUCCCCUCCUGAUAAGAACAGGCUGUAAAAGUUGGCAUAACCAAGAAAUGUCCUGAUUACUUAGGCCAGAAUCCCUUAGCAGUGUGAUGGUAGAGAUAAGUCCUUUGUUUCGGAAUAGGAGUUCCAGAACUGAACUAUGGUCAGUCACUUGUACAUGUACUUGUGAAUUAUAAAUAGAUCUAUGCAGCAUAUCGUUAAGUGUCAUAUCGAUAUUAUCCUAAAUGUUGUUUUGUGAGAAGUACAUAUAGGGCCUAGUUGUGUCUGUAUUAUAUAGUUAGUACUUCAUCAUGAUAGUUGGAUGGAACAUUUGUCACUGAUUUGUUAUAGGAGGCAUGUGUCAAGUAGAUGCUGUGUGUACAUUUUGGGAGGCAUGCAAGGACCAACCUUGUAAGAGGGUCUCCAUAACUAUCAAUAGUGCCAGCCUAGCAUCACCUCGAUACUCCUCAUAUAACAAAUUCUGUAUUUGACUAAACCAAAUCUACACCAUUGAACCACAACAAUUUCCAAGAAUUCCAUGUAAUAACAUUUCAACCAGUUCCAGAGAAACCAUUCCAGAGAAAUUGCAUUUCUUGUGUAUGCCUGUGUAUAUACUGUGUUGACGGUUUCACAUGCCAGUAGAGCAGUGCCUCUACAAUAGGCCUAUUUUACCUGUAAAAGGACUGGCUUAAACCUGUCAACACAGUAAUUGUGUGUAGUUAGAGUCCACUGUACAGGCUCCGUAAUGAGUGUUAUUUAUAAUUUUGCACUGGUGAUGUUGUUCGUUAAUAAUCAUAGGCAGAAUAUUCUCUAGUCAAAUAAAAAAGGGUGCCUCAUCAAUGCCCUGGAUAACUCGAUGACCCAUUUGGCCAAAACUAUCAACCUUGUAAAAUAUAUUGACCAACCUUAUAACUCAGCAAAGUUUAGCAUCACUACUGCUAGUCAUGCUGAUCAGAGAAAGGUAAAUUUACCUCUUGUAUGUCUCGACUGGAAGAGAACUUUCUAAUUGUAAAUUUUGUGAAUCAUAUAUAAAUAGGACAUGUUUUUGAGGCACCCUGUACAGCAAAGAGAAUUGAGUGUGAUAUCAUAACGUACACUAGUGUAAGGCUGUGUGGAGCAAUAGAUGAUUGUGUAAUAAAACUCGAAUAGAU